AAAAUCUAACUUCCGGGUUUACUCUGCACGCUGCAACGUCUUGGCCACGCAAGCCACAUCACUCCUGGAGGAUCAGUUUAACUUCUUUUCAAGGUUCAGCUCGCUGGGGAGAAACGACGGCGUGGAAGAGGGACCGGACAAAGACUCGUUAUCGAGGGACCCUCGUCGGGAAGGAAGUGUUACCUGCAGCAGCUGUUGGUGAUUGAAGAGGGGGUUCCCUGGAAAUGGAGUCGGGACAAGCUGGAUCCAGAGCCCCUCUGCAUAGAAGAGGAACUGUGGCCCAAUCAGGAUGUGAAAAGAGUGAAAAAAGUUGGAAUGACGACAGGACACGUGGGUCAGGUGUAAACCUUGAUGUAGAGUGUAACACUGCCAAUAACUCCCUCAGCUGCUCUGUAUGUGGUGAAGAGUUUGACGACCAACAAUCUCUCCAGAGACAUUUAACAGAGAAUCCUUUGAGUUGUUUGAACCAUAAGAAAUGUUUGAAAGUAACACAAAAUAUAAAAUUGCGUAGAAGAGUUCACACAGAGACAAAAGCCGUUAAAUGUGAUGUUUGUGGUCACAUCUGUGGUCAUAAAAGAAAACUUGGGCUACACAUGAGAAUUCACACAGGAGACAAACCAUUCAGCUGUGAUGAAUGUGGACAAAGAUUUACUCAAAAGACACACUUAAAACGACACAUGAAAAUCCACACAGGAGAAAAACCAUUCAACUGUGAUGAAUGUGGACAAAGAUUUAGUCGCAAGACACACUUAAGCCAACACAUGAGAAUCCACACAGGAGAGAAACCAUUCAACUGUGAUGAAUGUGGACAAAGAUUUAGUCAUAAGACAAACUUAGACCAACACACGAGAAUCCACACAGGAGACAAACCAUUCAGCUGUGAUGAAUGUGGACAAAGAUUUAGUGACAAGUCAAGCUUAAACCAACACAUGAGAAUCCACACAGGAGACAAACCAUUCAGAUGUGAUGAAUGUGGACAAAGAUUUACUCAAAAGACAACCUUAGACCAACACAUGAGAAUCCACACAGGAGACAAACCAUUCAGAUGUGAUGAAUGUGGACAAAGAUUUACUCGCAAGACAAACUUAGACGUACACAUGAGAAUCCACACAGGAGACAAACCAUUCUUCUGUGAGGAAUGUGGACAAAGAUUUAGUCGCAAGACAAGCUUAGACAUACACAUGAGAAUCCACACAGGAGACAAACCAUUCAACUGUGAGGAAUGUGGACAAAGAUUUACUCAAAAGACAAACUUAGACCGACACAUGAGAAUCCACACUGGAGACAAACCAUUCAGCUGUGAUGAAUGUGGACAAAGAUUUAGUGACAAGUCAAGCUUAAACCAACACAUGAGAAUCCACACAGGAGACAAACCAUUCAGCUGUGAUGAAUGUGGACAAGGAUUUAGUCGCAAGACAAGCUUAAACAGACACAUGAGAAUCCACACAGGAGACAAACCAUUCUUCUGUGAGGAAUGUGGACAAAGAUUUCGUCGCAAGACAAGCUUAGACAUACACAUGAGAAUCCACACAGGAGACAAACCAUUCUUCUGUGAGGAAUGUGGACAAAGAUUUACUCAAAAGACAAACUUAGACCAACACAUGAGAAUCCACACAGGAGACAAACCAUUCAGCUGUGAUGAAUGUGGACAAAGAUUUACUCAAAAGACAAGCUUAAAACGACACAUGAAAAUCCACACAGGAGACAAACCAUUCAACUGUGAUGAAUGUGGACAAAAAUUUAGUCGCAAGACACACUUAAGCCAACACAUGAGAAUCCACACAGGAGACAAACCAUUCAGCUGUGAUGAAUGUGGACAAAAAUUUAGUGACAAGUCAAGCUUAAAACAACACAUGAGAAUCCACACAGGAGACAAACCAUUAAGAUGUGAUGAAUGUGGACAAAGAUUUACUCGCAAGACAAACUUAGACAUACACAUGAGAAUCCACACAGGAGACAAACCAUUCAGAUGUGAUGAAUGUGGACAAAGAUUUACUCGCAAGACAAGCUUAGACAUACACAUGAGAAUCCACACAGGAGACAAACUAUUCAGCUGUGAUGAAUGUGGACAAAGAUUUAAUCAAAAGACAAUCUUAAACCGACACAUGAGAAUCCACACUGGAGACAAUCUAUUCAGCUGUGAGGAAUGUGGACAAAGAUUUCGUCACAAGACAAGCUUAGACAUACACAUGAGAAUCCACACAGGUCAGAGACCUAUUCCCUGUGAGGUGUGUGGUGAAUUAUUUAGGUGGCCUGUCUCUUUAAAAAGACACAUGCGUGUCCAUGCAACAUAGAAACGGCACUUUGAGAAUGUUUUCUAAAAUUUAAAGUGCGUUAUAAAUUAUUGUUAUUAUUAAUAUUAUUAUUAUUAUUGCUGUUGUUACGGAAGCCGUAACAAGUCACCUGAAGCUUGUCAUGCAUGCAAAUGCCAGUCCCUGAUGCCUGUUCGAAGUGGGUAGACCAGAUGCAUCCUGGUCUCCUUCCCUCUGGUUGGCUCAUCACCCAGCCAAUCACAUCACAGCCUGCCAGUAACCAGGAAAUAAAGGAAAGCUGUUGUGUUCAUUCUGGAGGGAGAAGCUGUUUAGAACAGAUGGUUUCCCCCUCAGCUUGACAGAAUUGUGGUGGCUUUUGAGUGUAUGUUUACUGUGCUUAGUGGUGGCAUUUUGGCACAUAGAUUACUCGGAGUUUUCAGCAGGGUUAACCCUGACUGUUUGUCUUGUCAGUUUAAUAAUUGCUAAUUUCAUUUUGGUUUUGCCUUCGAUAGCAUACAGCUGUUUUGGCUGCUUUUUGAGUUUGAGGUUCUCAUACCCUUAUAGUGGGUCGUAACAAAGUGGGGGCUCGUCCGGGAGCUUAUUUUCUCGUAGUAUAUUUAGCACGGUUGGUGUGGAGCAGUGUGCUUUAUUGUUCUGAUCGAGAUGGCUACGUCCAUUGACUUGGAACGGUUUCUUGCGGCUCCUUUCAGUGUAGCUCUUGACUGUUGCCGCAAAACUGAUCUUAUGCAGCCUUUUCCCUGUUGGUCCCGAAACAGGCCAUCAAGAGCCAGAUUAAGGCUCUACUGGUGGAGCAGUUGGAAGCUUGUGGGGUGUUAGAGGUGUCUGCAGAAGCAGAAUUCACUCCCAGCCCGGAGGUGACUGAGGAGGGACCGGGGGCUGAAAAGUUGGUGAAACCCGUCACUCUGCCCCGAUGUGAUCCACUUUCCUCAAACAGUUCGGAUGCCCAUGCUUUGACACAGUCAAAGUCGUAGUUCUCCAAGCUUACGAACUCGUACCUGAAGCUUAUUGCCAGAAAUUUCGCCAGCAGAAACAAUCUGCAGGGCAAACUUAUGUGGAGCACAGAUGGAAAUGAAAGGUACUCUCUUUGACAAGUUGUGUGCGGUGUCAAAAGCUGGUGAUUUGGAAUCUUUAAGAGAACUGGUGUUAGUGGAAGAGUUUAAGAGAUGCAAACCAGAGUGCGAGCAAAAGGUGAUUUCGCUUUCGUCUGCUGCAUUGUUAGUGGAUGCAUAUGUGCUGACACACAAAAUAUCACUGCCAGUCUUUGAGGAUAAGUUCCUCAAUCGUUCUGACUGUUCCGACUUUCAGAAAUGUGCUGAGGUAACAAGCACUCACCCUGUGAAAGAACUUUCAUUUGUGAGAAGUCCUGAGGUGCGUGAGUGCUUUUAUUGUCACAAACCCGGUCAUCUCAUUGCUGAGUGUGAAGUUUUGUGACGCAAGAACCACCUCAAACCACAGCCGCAAGGUGUAGGUUUGGUCUGGAGACAGGCUCUCUGCAGAGGUUCCCAGUCCUACAUCUUGGCUGACGCACUGUCUUUCUCCGACGCUACUUCAUGUGGGCAUAAUGUAGUGAACAAAGGAAUAGAGGUGGCAUAUGUGCCCAGAGCGGUACAUCGUGUGCACAUUAGGACAGAUUUAAUUAGUGGUAUUUUUCCUGUAGCCGUAUAUCCAGAAUUACCUCUGAAGGGGAUAACUAUGCUAAUAUGCUA